AUGUCGAAACAACUGCCCUUCAGUGCCGUGGAGGCCAAACCCUACAACCGCUUCUCAGCUCGCAACGUGGGAUGGAUUCUAGCAAGUGCUGGUCUUCCUCGCGUGCUUGGCCAUGAUGUCGUAUUUAAUGAUAUGAACAGCCCCGACCGUUUGAGAGAUUUCCAAAAUUGCGCAAUCGAUAAUUUGCUUGAGACAGGACUUCCAUUUAUGAACGUAUCACCUAUCGCAGUAUCGGACUUUGAAGAGCGACGGGAUCGGUUGGCGCAAGCGCUGGUCGCCGAAGGGGUUGAUGCGUUCGUUGUGGAACCGGGGUAUACCUUCAAGUAUUAUGGCAACGUCAGCCAGCCCGAGUGGGAAGUUUGGGAGCCGGAAGAGCGUCCCUUUCUGAUGGUUGUGCGCCCAUUUUACGAUCAGGCCACUGGUAACGUCAAGGCCAACACCACCUUUCUCUGCCCGUCAUUUGAGGCCGAACGCGCGCGCCUGCUUGAAAUGCCCUUUACGGAUGCUAUUCAAAUUAUUCCCUGGGAAGAACAUUGGAAUCCAUAUAUCACCCUCCAACAAUCGGAAGUGUUCCGAGGCCUCCGACAACCCGCACGUUUGAUGGUGGAUGAGGAAAUGCGAGAUUUCAUCCAGCGCGGACUUGUAUCUGCAGGAUUUGAGGUAGUUGGCUUGCAGGGUAAAGUAGAGGAAGUCCGACAGAUCAAAACUGCCAAGGAAGUCAAUAUUCUACGCGCUGUCAAUACGGGAACUUUGGAAGCUGUGCGGCAGAUGAGAAAGUGUCUCUAUCCGGGAUUGACGGAGAACGAAAUAGCUUCUGCUCUCGAUAAUGCUCUCCGAGCAGCUGGAUUAGAUCCUUUCUUCGACAUCGUACUUUUUGAUGAGAAUGCGUCUAACCCGCAUGGUGGAACCAAUGGCUCUAAAGUUUUAGAAGCGGAGACCUUUGUGUUGAUUGAUGUUGGUGCACAUCUCUAUGGAUACUCGUCCGAUAUUUGCCGCACCUUCUUUCCUCCCUUCUUGCAGAAACCUUCGAAAGACGAUGUGCCCUCGUUACGCAUUUGGGACAUAGUUUUCGAGGCGCAAACCCGUUCAAUCAAUCGAAUGCGUGAAAAUUUCACCGCAGCUAGCGUGGAUAUUGCUGCACGCGAUAUCAUCAGCAAAGCCGGCUAUGGGGAUUCUUUUACGCAUCGUGUUGGCCAUGGUAUAGGGAUCAAAGCUCACGAAAGUCCAUAUCUGAACAAGGGAAAUGAAGAGAGCCUUUUGAAGACCGGUAUGGUCUUUACAUCGGAGCCCGGGAUCUACCUGGUUAAUGAGUUUGGAGUGAGACAUGAAGACGUGCUUCUUGUUCAGGGAGACGAAGAGCCUUGCAUCUUGACAGGAAAUCGAGCCCGAGGCCCCUGGGAACCAUGA